AUGACGGAUGAGAUACGGCGACAGUUAUCAGAGAACUUUGAGAAGUAUGAGAGUAAUUCUGUUCUCAACACCCUCACACCAAGGAGAUCAAUGGCUGGAACAAGUAGUUCUUCAAGACGGCUACAGACGACAAGUUCCACCAGACCUGGAAGACGCAGCUCUGUGAUUUCUGAUGACACUGGCUCGGUAUCCAGAAGACGACUCGUUAGAGGCUCCGACAUUCUCGCGUCGAUGGUGUCUAAAGAGCCCGAGCAGUUUACCUCUCCAGUCAAGGCUAGAAAAUACGCGUCAAGUGAAGAGGAUGCGAUUGAAACAUCGGUCAUUAACAUGCCUCUACGUGGCUCUCCAAAGGAGAAGAUGAGACAAGGUACUCCAAAAUUACUAAGUGCCAAAAGCUCCCAAAGAGAUGCUGUCUUUAGAAACCGAACUCUAUCGAUACGUCAGGAUAAAAGCGUCGAUAAUGGACCUGAUGACGAAUUUGAAGACGAUGUCGAUGGUGACGAUGAUUCGGAUCAUAUUAAGGGCAAUGCCACGAUACUGAGUGACAUACCAAGUGAAUUAAUCAGUCCAGAAAAGCUGCGCUAUGAAAAGGAACCCCUGGGAAGCUUUCACAAGUCACCAUCGACGUCAUCACCAAGGAAGGUCACUAAUAUCCCCUCGAUAUAUCCCAAACUCCCAACACCUUCAAGAGAAAUCACAAAUAUAUCGUCGAAAUUGUCGCCAAUUAAGCAGACUAAUAUGCUUGCAAGACAACCAGUAUCACAAUCGACGGAAACAAGCUCAAAACCUCUCACUUCAUUAUUAUCACCGGUGAAACGAAAUAGUAGUAUGGUAAAGAUACACCAAGAUGAACAUCCAAAUGAUCUGAAGUCUCCACCAAGACGUAUACCUACAGGGACAAAAUCAAUAGACUUGUCAAGGUUUGAGUCCAGUGAAGAGGAGCCUGUUCCUGAGUUAACGGUCAAACUAUCACCAGUCAAGAAAGCAUCCACUCAAAAGAGAAACAUUUUAGAAGAUGAUUCCACAUCACAACACAAGAAGCCAAAACAAGACAAAAUAUAUCCAGAUUUGACCUCAUCAACACCGCAGCUGAACACUGUCAUUCAUAAAGCUCCACUUUAUCCUAACCUACCAUCUCACGAACCAACAAAAAGUGCAGACAAAGUUAUCGUUGAUAGAGAUAGCGGUACUACCGCAGAUACGGAUCCACCAGGAGAUGCAGAACACUGGAAUAAAUUGCAAUGGAUAACGUUCAUAAAGUGUUUUAAACAAUUUGAAUCCAAAGAUAGAGAUUUUACGGUGUUCACACCAUCAAUACUGUCUUAUCUCAGAUGUGAUGAAAGAGAGCUCUUGUUAAAGAUUGGAUUCUACAAGGAAUUUGAAGAUUUAAUUCACAAAAGUAUACUAUGA